AAACAUAACGUGCUCUGGAUCUCGACCUCGGUCACCAUCUUGACUCUAGAGGACUCUGGAGGAUAGAUGAAACUUGGAUGAAACGGAGAUAGACGAACUUUCAGUUGACGGUGGCAGCCGGUUUGGAUCACGAUCUCGCCACUUCUCUCAUAGGCAAGCAGAGCGUUUGUCGAAAACAGGAUUCAAUUAUAUCAGUCCCCUUACAGGUCCCAUCCUGUCCCAUCAUCUGCAUCUGAUGCUUCUAUAGAUGCAAAGAGCACCCUAGAAUCGGGUUCUUGCAAUGAUGAGGCCUCCUGAACCGAAGAUGUCUUCAUUCUGGCCCUCCUUUGUUGUCUCUCUUGCGCAAUUGGCUGAAGUUGAUGUGUCGCCGUUGGAGCGAAUACAACCCCAUGUGGAAUAACGCGAUAUCGACGGUGCACUGUCGUAUAAAAGGUUGUGCCCCCAUGGAGAUGGCAACAAAACGCUCGCUUGUUAGCCAUGCGUGGAGACUCGACCGUCCUUCUGAGUCUGAUGCAUCAUGGUAACUGUUGUCACACGCGAUAGAUUUUCCUUUUCCUUAUUGACCGGCCUGCUAUAAAUGCUCAAGCACAUCAAUCAAUUUUCAUUACACACCCCCGCAUACAUCCACCUCCAGCUUCAACCUAAUCAGUUGCCUCUACGAUUCCUACAAUGCCCGCCAUUGCUUCUGGAAAGGUUCUCGUCACCGGCGCAAAUGGUUAUGUCGCCGUUUGGCUCGUGAAGCAGCUUCUCGAGCAAGGGUUCUCAGUCCGAGGCACUGUCCGCUCGCCCGCCAAGGCUGAGCACCUCAAGAAGCUUUUCGCCAGCCAUGGCGAUAAGCUCGAGUUCGUCGUCGUUGAGGAUAUCACAAAGGAUGGUGCAUUCGACGAGGCCGUCAAGGGUGUCGAUGCUAUUCAACACACUGCUUCGCCUUUCCACUUCAAUGCUGUCGACCCGUCGGAGAUCAUUGGUCCCGCCGUCGCCGGUACUGGCACCAUCCUGCAAUCCGCUCUCAAAUUCGGUACCAACGUCAAGCGUGUCGUGGUUCUCUCCUCAACCGCCGCCGUGCAAGAAGCCGGUCUCCCUGAACCUAAAGUUUUCACCGAGAAAGACUGGAAUAACAAGGCUAUCGAAGAGGUCGAGACCAAGGGCAAGGAUGCUGAUCAGAUUGAGAAGUACACCGCUAGUAAGACUCUUGCGGAGAAGGCUGCUUGGGCAUGGUAUGAGAAGAACAAGGCUCAGCUGAAGUGGGAUUUGGUCGUUGUCAACCCUCCCUUCGUCUUUGGUCCCCUCAUUCACGAGAUCAGCGACGUCUCUGCCCUUAACACAUCCAUGAACCUCUGGUACUUGUUCGUCUUGAAGGGCGCCGGUGAUGCUGCAACGCUUGCUACCGUGGGUAACUGUUGGGCCGAUGUUCGUGACGUCGCUACCGCGCUCGUUCGUGCACUCGAGAAGCCGGAAGCAGGAGGAGAACGUUUCAUCAUUAGCGCAGGACCAUGGAAGUGGCAAGACUGGGUAAACUCUGCACGCAAGUUCUCCCCAUCAGUCCCCGCUGGCAACACCGAAUGGAAACGUGAAACUAACGUGGAUCCUAUCAUCACCGACUCCUCGAAAGCAUCCAAGGUUCUCGGUGUGACUUACAUUCCUUUGGACCAGACUACCAAGGACAUCCUUGCUGAUUUCGAGCAGAGGGGCUGGUGGAAGUCUUGAAUGCUUUUGCUUGCUUCUUGGUAGUUUUCGAAUCGUCACAGCAUACACGCAUACCCACUUUCAUUCCGGUUCGUUUUGGGAUCAAGAAGGAAUAACUGCACACACAUAAAUCAGAAAGUGUAGAACUAGUGUACAAUAUAAUGUCAAAGCUCAUCAAUGAGACGGCUGCUUUACGUGCGAAGCAACAUGUGGAGGUCUGGACUUGAGAACUUCUGCAAUUCUUUCUCUUCGUUCUACUUGGACUUUUCGACCGCAGCAUAUGCCUAUGGUUUUCUGAUGAAUGUGAAGGAUUUGAGUGUGUUUCGAACAAUGUAACUUCGACAAAGAAACUGUUGAGGACUUCUUCAACCUGUCAGACACAUCAAGCAUGUACAGCUAAGCCCAACAAACCGUCUCAUGAUGC